ACACACACACACGCACACACACUCAGAGUGGUUCUCAUACACACUGCAGGAGCAGACCUUCCUGUACUGGGGUGGUAACUGGACAUAGAAGUAUUGAGGGGACUGUAGUAAACAGGGUGUACAGGGUCUAAAGAGACUUGAACUAGCUGGGAGCCACAAGUCAUCAUGGUUAACCUGCUGGUCCUCACACUGAAGGUUGUCCUCCUCUUAGCUGCUGUGUGGAGUGUGUGUUCAGCAGAGUUGAUCACAGUGGAAGGAUAUGAGGGGGGCAAGGCAGAGAUCAGAUGCCCCUAUAGAGAGGAGUGGAGGAGCCACCAGAAGUACCUCUGUAAAGGGGAUUGUCCUGUUUUUAAUAAAAACAAAGUUAUUAAGACUGAGGCAGGGGAAAACAGUGCUUCUAAAGGGAGAUACUCGCUGAAGGACAUCAGAGAGGAAAGUGUCUUCAUUGUGACAAUCACCAAACUGAUGAUUAACGAUUCUGGGAAAUACUGGUGUGGAGUGACCAAUUUAUUGGCAGAUGACUACACUGAAGUCAACCUUACAGUCUCUAGAGCGACACCAACAAUAACCACCACCACAAGAAAACCUGCAGCAAAAACAACAGCAUCAAACCCAGGUUCACCAAUGCUAUCAUCCUUAGCCACCUCCAUCUCAUCAUCAUCAUCCAUCUCUCAACUAUCAUCCAUCUCAACACCAUCAUCCAUCUCAUCAUCAACACAAAAUGGAUUUGAUACAUCAGUGGUCAUCAUAGUAUCUGGGACUCUGGUCAUGCUGCUAUUGGUGCUUGUGGUCAGCCUGCUCAUAGUCUAUAGAUGGAAAUUCAACAAGGAAACAGCUGUCUCCUCAGCACCCAGGGUGAACACAGACACUCGGAUCAACAUAGAGGGUUGUCAUGGUGAUGGUCACUAUGAAGAAAUAAAGGACCGCCCCCUACAGUCCAGUUCAGGUAGUGAGACCCCCACAAUCUACGCCACCGCCAACUUACCCACAAGCCCCUCUGACUCUCUCAACUAUGCCAGCGUCAACUUCCACAAGGACCCCAGCUGCUCCAAUGAGGCCACUGUCGCCAUCGCUAAAAAUAGCACUUUUUCUGGUGACUAUGCCACUGUCAACAUAAGUCAAAACCCUGCCUACUCUACUGUCUUUCAUCCACACAGCUCCUCUGAGGCGCCUCCCAUCUACUCCACAGUGAGCAAAUCCAGAGACACCUGAGUCACUGACAACCAAUCACAAGGGAGAAAAAACACACUGGCAACCAAUCACAAGAAACAUGUCAUGAACUACGUUUGCCACUAACAGCCUCUUGAACAUUGAGCUCUGUUUUUAGCUGACAGCUAGAUAAUGUGCUUCAUGUCCUCACAAUGUGUUUUCCUGACUUCUCUCUUCCAUCAGAUGUGUUUCCCUGACUUCUCUCUUCCAUCAGAUGUGUUUCCCUGACUUCUCUCUUCCAUCAGAUGUGUUUCCCUGACUUCUCUCUUCCAUCAGAUGUGUUUCCCUGAUUAAAUAAGCAUUAAUGAUGUCAUGAUAAACUCCUGAUAAAAAAUGCCUUUAAAAACACCCAUUUUAGCUUGGCCUUUAACCAGUGACUGUUUUAGACGUCCUCUGUGUUUUAUGUUCUUUUAUUCAUCCUUUUACUGCUUCCUGUUUGCUUCUACUUUUUCAUUUGAUUGUUAUAUUGUGAAUUGUGUUGCAAUUGUAAAUGCAAUUUAAAUUAAAGGGGAAGUGCAGUUAAAAACUUGACUUCCCUGUUUUUUUUAUGAUAUUAGAGACACUAGAGAGGUGGAAAUAACACUAGGAAAUUGUGAAAUUUAUGAUUAAUUACCUUUCUGUGUGAGAGCUGUUUUAAAAGAAUGCCUGG